AUGGCAACUCUCCCCAAACACAUCUACACCCAAAUAACCCCAGAUGCAGGUACAGGCUUAUUUGCCUCAGAAGCCAUCCCGCCUGGAGUGGAAAUCCUCCGUAUUGAGAGGCCAUUAGUCUCUGUGCUUGACUCUCCCCACCUCAAAGACACAUGCUCCGAGUGCAGUCUGUGGCUGCCACAAAAUGACGAUGACCGAGACCCAAAGUGCAAGAGGCUGAAAGCCUGUCAGGCUUGCAAGGUCACCAAAUAUUGCUGUAAAGAGUGCCAGACUCAAUCAUGGAAGAAACACCACAAAUACGAAUGCAAGAUCUUUGCUAAGCUCUAUCCGAAUGUCCUUCCAAAUACCGUCCGUAUAGUGAUGCAGCUUUUACUUCGACUGAACGCGAAAUCCCUUCCUGAUCCAGAAUGGCAGGCCUUUCUCGAUCUGCAGUCUCAUGUUGAUGAAAUCCGCUCUUCUCAGAUAAAGAAUGAAGAUGGUCUCACGACCUGGCAUGCCAUCGAGCUCAUGAGUCAAGCCGCUUCAUCUUACUCAGGCAGCCAAGAACCCAUCUCAUUCAUCCAGACGCUCACGGCACGCAUCCUCAUCAAUAGCCACACUCUCACAACCCCAAACCUCGACCCUUUAGGUAUUACCAACGGCCUGCCGGACCCUCGUCCAGACCACAACUUUGAUGCCGUUCAAGCACGUGCCGUAGGGUUGCAAGCAGAAGCGUCCACACUACCACAGGAUCGAGCAGCCGCCUUGCUCAAAAGCGCGCUCGGUUUCCUCGGUCACUACCCUCCUCACCGGCAACCCAGUCCCUCAAUCCUUCAUACGGCCUUCCUUAAUGCCAUCGCUACUCAAUCCUGGGCCAUCGCUCUUAGCUAUGCCUUGAAAGCGUAUUUCUUGAUAGAUCCAUUGCACUAUCGAUCAAGCUGGCAUCCAGUACGUGUAGUCAGGAAGUGGGUCCUUCUGCGCCUUGUAACCCAGAUUGCCGGGAUCGUGAGCGAGGGAGAUGGUAGCAUCAAAGGAUUGGAAAAGUUUGGCAUUAAUUGGCAAAUAGUUGCGGUGGGGCUUUUCCACGAAAUAUCCGAUGGGGCUCCCCAUAGCCACGGUAGUAAUAGCCCAUUCACCGCGGAGGUGAAGGCAUUUGGAGAAGGGGCAGGCAUGGGAAGAGGGAAGUGUGAAAAGGCUUUAUUAGAGGAGGAGUGGGCAAAGUUGAGGAAAGUAGCUGACGGCUAA